AUUUCUGUAUCAUGUAUCAUCCCCGGUCGACUGGAGGAGAAAAUAGCCAUUGUCACUGGUGCAAACACGGGUAUCGGAUUGUGUACGGCCGGAGAACUGGCACGACGUGGUGCCACGGUGAUCAUGGCGUGUCGAAGCGUAGAGCGGGCAGAAACCGCAAAGACCAGAUUGCUAGCGGAUUACGGUGCAACGAACCCGGAUUGGAUGAAAAAAGACGUAGCGGAUCCGGCAGUGGCCUCUUCGUUGAAACCCAUUGAAGCCAACCAAUUGAUUAUUGAACAAUUGGACCUCGGAUCGUUGGACUCGGUGCGAGAGUUCGCAACCCGAGUGUUGGAAAAAUAUCCAAAAAUACACUAUCUCAUCAACAAUGCCGGUUUGUCAUUGGACAUAUUCUCGACCACAAAAGACGGAUUCGAACAGGUAAUCGGUGUGAAUCAUCUGGGUCAUUUUCUUCUCACCGAACUCAUGUUGCCCGCGUUGAAAGCGGCCGGCUCACCAUCGCGUAUCAUCAUUGUAUCGUCCAUGGUUCAUUAUUAUGGCCAGUUGUGCAAACCGGAUUUGCAGCCAACGGAAGAAAACUAUGGUCAGUUGUCCGUAUACAACUCUUCGAAAUUGGCCAAUGUGAUGCAUGCGGUGGAACUGAGCGAACGCCUGGAGGGAACCAAUGUCACCGUGGUCAGUCUGCAUCCGGGUGUGGUGGAAACGGAAUUACACAGAGACUUUAAAAGCACUUCCAUGAUAAGUAUCACGUAA